AUGAAUGCUCUUGCUGCAACAAACCGCAAUUUCCAACGUGCCGCUAGGAUUCUCGGUUUGGAUUCCAAACUUGAGAAGAGUCUUCUCAUUCCCUUCAGAGAGAUCAAGGUUGAAUGCACGAUCCCGAAAGAUGAUGGAACUCUGGUCUCUUACGUCGGUUUUAGGAUCCAACACGACAAUGCUCGUGGUCCUAUGAAGGGAGGGAUUCGUUAUCAUCCUGAGGUUGAACCUGACGAAGUGAAUGCUCUAGCUCAGCUCAUGACAUGGAAGACAGCUGUAGCUGACAUUCCGUACGGAGGUGCUAAGGGUGGUAUUGGUUGCAACCCGAGGGAUCUAAGCGUCAGUGAGUUAGAACGUCUAACUCGGGUUUUCACCCAAAAGAUUCACGAUCUCAUUGGUGCUCAACGAGAUGUUCCUGCUCCUGAUAUGGGAACCAACGCUCAGACCAUGGCAUGGAUUUUGGAUGAGUAUUCAAAGUUUCACGGACACUCACCUGCUGUUGUGACCGGAAAGCCUAUUGAUCUUGGAGGUUCUUUGGGAAGAGAGGCGGCCACAGGUCUUGGAGUCAUUUUUGCUACAGAGGCCUGGUUAGCUGAUAAUGGAAGGUCAAUUUCUGAUCACACAUUUGUCAUCCAGGGCUUUGGAAAUGUGGGAACUUGGGCUGCAAAGUCUAUCUUUGAUAGAGGUGGUAAGGUGGUCGCUGUUAGUGACAUCACCGGUGCCAUAAAAAAUCCCAACGGAAUUGAUAUCACUGCUCUUCUGAAACACAAGGAAGGCAAUGGAAACUUGACCGAGUUCCAAGGAGCUGAUGUCAUGGAUGCAGAUGAAGUGCUCACCCAUGAAUGUGAUAUUCUUAUCCCAUGCGCCUUGGGUGGGGUUAUAAGCAAGGAAAACGCUGCUGAUAUUAAAGCUAAACUGGUCGUAGAAGCUGCAAAUCACCCCACUGACCCCGAAGCUCAUGAGAUCUUGUCUAAGAGAGGAGUCACCAUAAUACCUGAUAUUUAUGCUAAUGCUGGUGGAGUGACCGUGAGCUACUUUGAAUGGGUUCAGAACAUUCAAGGUUUUAUGUGGGAUGAAGAAAAAGUGAACCGGGAGCUGAAGAGAUACAUGAGCAGGGCUUUCUUGGACAUCAAGGCAAUGUGCAAAAUCCAUGAAUGUGAUCUAAGAAUGGGAGCCUUUACUUUGGCAGUGAACCGCGUCGCCCGGGCAACACUUUUGAGGGGCUGGGAAGCUUAA